CGGCGCGUGCGCGGUGGGCGUGAUCCGGGCAUUCCGGGCAGGAUGAACGCUGCUUUCCAAGAUGGCGACGGAGGGAGGAGGGAAGGAGAUGAACGAGAUUAAGACCCAGUUCACCACCCGGGAAGGUCUGUACAAGCUGCUGCCGCACUCGGAGUACAGCCGGCCCAACCGGGUGCCCUUCAACUCGCAGGGCUCCAACCCCGUGCGCGUGUCCUUCGUCAACCUCAACGACCAGUCCGGCAACGGCGACCGCCUGUGCUUCAAUGUGGGCCGGGAGCUCUACUUCUACAUCUACAAGGGGGUCCGCAAGGCUGCGGACUUGAGUAAACCAAUAGAUAAAAGGAUUUACAAAGGAACACAGCCUACUUGUCAUGACUUCAACCAUCUAACAGCCACAGCAGAAAGUGUUUCUCUCCUAGUGGGCUUUUCCGCAGGCCAAGUCCAGCUUAUAGACCCCAUCAAAAAAGAAACUAGCAAACUAUUUAAUGAGGAAAGACUAAUAGACAAGUCACGUGUGACCUGUGUCAAGUGGGUGCCUGGCUCGGAAAGUCUUUUCCUAGUAGCCCAUUCAAGUGGGAACAUGUACAUGUAUAACGUGGAGCACGCUUGUGGCACCACUGCCCCCCACUACCAGCUUCUGAAGCAGGGAGAGAGCUUUGCCGUGCACACUUGCAAGAGCAAAUCCACGAGGAACCCUCUCCUUAAGUGGACGGUGGGCGAGGGGGCCCUCAACGAGUUUGCUUUCUCCCCAGAUGGCAAGUUCUUGGCGUGCGUGAGCCAGGACGGGUUCCUGCGAGUGUUCAACUUUGACUCGGUGGAGCUACAUGGCACCAUGAAAAGCUACUUUGGAGGCUUGUUGUGCGUGUGCUGGAGCCCCGAUGGCAAGUACAUUGUGACGGGUGGGGAGGACGACCUGGUCACUGUCUGGUCCUUUGUGGACUGCCGGGUGAUCGCCCGAGGCCAUGGGCACAAGUCGUGGGUGAGCGUGGUGGCCUUUGACGCGUACACCACAAGCGUGGAGGAGAGCGACCCCAUGGAGUUCAGUGGCAGCGACGAGGACUUCCAGGAUGCCCUGCACUUGGGCCGCGCUCGUGCCAACAGCACGCAGUCCCGCCUCUCCAAACGGAACUCGGCCGAGAGCCGUCCACUCAGCGUCACCUACCGUUUUGGCUCGGUGGGCCAGGACACGCAGCUCUGCCUCUGGGACCUGACAGAGGACAUCCUGUUCCCUCACCAGCCCCUGUCCCGGGCCCGGACACACACAAACGUCAUGAACGCCACGAGUCCCCCCGCCGGCAGUGCCGGCAACAGUGUCCCGGCCCCCGGCAGCUCAGCGCCACCACCCCUACCACGUUCCAACAGCCUCCCACAUUCCGCCGUGUCCAACACCAGCAACAAGAGCAGCGUGGCCGAUGGUGCUGUGGCCACCGGCGUUAGCAAGUUUGCUACACUCUCACUGCAUGACCGCAAGGACCGGCACCAUGACAAAGAUCACAAGCGUAACCACAGCAUGGGCCACAUCUCCAGCAAGAGCAGUGACAAACUGAACCUAGUCACCAAGGCCCGGACGGACCCCGCCAAAACUCUGGGCACGCUGCUGUGCCCACGCAUGGAAGACGUGCCCUUACUGGAGCCGCUGAUCUGUAAAAAGAUCGCGCACGAGCGGCUGACAGUACUGAUCUUUCUGGAAGACUGCAUAGUGACUGCUUGCCAGGAGGGCUUUGUUUGCACUUGGGGAAGGCCUGGCAAAGUGGUGAGUUUCAACCCUUAAUGCUGCGCCAUCUAGGACUCUCAAUAGGUAGGGAUUGGUUGUUGUUUUUUUUUUUUUUUUUUUUUCUUCCUCUUGCGGGCGGGGGUUGUACAAUGAAUGUGAAUGACACUUCUUAUUCUUAAUGUAAAUCGAAAUGCAUCAGAGCCAUAAUUUUGGAUACUGCAUGCCAUGUAAUACUGAAUCAUUUGAGAAAUUCACCUUAGAACGUUUCAAAAACUAUAAUCAAACUAAUUGCCAGCGCAGUCAGUCACCCAGGGAGCUUUCGGAGCACCCAGGUUAGCGCUCCGGUACCAGACUAUUUCAAUCCUAGAAAAUCAUGACGAGGGGGGGAAACACGACUUUAAAAAUGCUAGAAUUAAAAUCUGCUUUAACUGGAAUAUUUUUGCUUAACUACUCAAUUAGAAUAUUGUUCGCCUGAUCCAAGUGUGUAUUCAGUCCGAACGGCCAUUAAUUGUCAUUUAUAAUCCAGUUUUUUAUCUUAAUCAUAAAACGUUUAGGAAUCUAUAAAAUUUAACUUUAGGAACAAAGUGUUCAGCAGGGUUGAUUGAUAUUAUUUUUACAUUGUUCUGGCAAUCCACAGAAAGAGAAGAGCCUUAAUUUUUAAAACCCAUUUUAGUCAUUUUAUGACAAUUAAAAUUGUUUAAUAAACAUCUUUUUUCAAAGAA